GAUACGAACUUUUCUAAUCCAGGGUACAGUUUUUUAAAUGCGUAGUUUGCUGGUUGUAAAUGUAAAGCCAGCAUCUGUUACACAAUGACAAUGAAUGGUUCUGUUGAUCUUAAUGCACUGGAGAAGCGAAUGAAACAACUUGAAUUAAACUUUCAGCAACAAAAUGCGCGAAAAAAGCCAACUAACCUCGGAAUGGGAAAUAUGUCGAAUUCGCAGCAAACUUCAUCAGCAAGACCACAUAUGUCACUUAAUUUUUCCAACUCUUCACCUGCAUCACUGAUGAAGUCAUCCUCAGGUGCGGUGGAUUCGGCUGCAAGAAAAAAGCAAAUAUCCUUUGCCCUUCCUGCCUCAAUUCCACAACCAGAAAAAACACAAGAAAGUGAAAAGAUUGACGCAAGGUUACAAGAAGUGAUUCGACAAACUGGAAAAUUAAGAAUUGAUUCGAUGAUUUACGAAGCAAAAGUUGAACAAUUUGAAAAUCUUGGUCAGAUUGGAAGUGGAACGUGUGGCCAAGUUUAUAAGAUGAGAUAUAUCACAGGUCAUGUGAUGGCUGUAAAGCAAAUGCACCGAUCAGGAAACAGAGAAGAAAACAAGAGAAUAUUAAUGGACCUUGAUAUUGUACAAAAAAGUCACGAUUGCCCAAACAUAGUUAAAUGCUACGGUACAUUUGUAACAGAGGUGAAUGUGUGGAUAUGCAUGGAACUUAUGGAGACAUGUUUCGAUAAGUUAAAGAAGAAAAUAAAUGGACCCAUGCCUGAGAACAUACUUGGAAAAUUGACUGUUUCUGUUGUGAAAGCUUUACAUUACCUUAAAGAGAAGCAUGGAGUAAUACAUCGAGAUGUAAAACCAUCCAAUAUAUUGGUUAAUAAACUUGGUGAUGUUAAACUCUGUGAUUUUGGAAUUAGUGGUCGUCUGGUUGAUUCACAAGCUAAAACAAGAGCAGCGGGUUGUACUGCGUAUAUGGCCCCGGAAAGGAUAAGUCCCGACCCCAGUCACCCAAACUAUGAUAUCCGCGCCGAUGUUUGGAGUCUUGGUAUUUCAUUGGUGGAACUUGCAACUGGGGUAUUCCCCUACCAUAACUGCAAAACUGACUUUGAAAUGUUGACCAAGAUAUUAGAAGAAGCACCUCCUGAAUUACCAAAUGAUCAAAACUUUUCCAUCGGUUUUAAAAGAUUUGUGUCUUUCUGUUGUACCAAGGAUUACAGGUACCGCCCAAAAUAUCGAGACUUGCUUGAACAUGAGUUUGUACGACGACAUGAACAUUCAAUGGUUGAUAUUCCUGCAUGGUUGCGUAAAGUAUUGAUCACACAAACUAAAGCAGCAUCAUUAGAUCGUUGUGGUAAUCCAAUGCAGGGAAAUAUUGCUUCGAGUAACGAUCCGUUUGCAUUUGCAGCUGAAAUAACAAAAGCUCAGUUUGCCAAACACACUCGAACCCGUUCUUUGGGCACUGGCUUUGAGUUUACAAAGAUCCCACCAAACCAAACAAACAAACCUACUUCAAGUAAAUCAAUAUUCAGGUGAAACUUGAUUCAGUGAUUACCUCUAAUGGUGCAAGUCCUUUACCCAAGUGAGAUAGACCAGAGUUGCUGCUAGUUGCUACGUAUAGUCAUACAAGAUACAACCAAAAUGCUUCUAUUUGCACACACAUUAAAGUUGAGAACAUGUAGAAAAAAGACAUUUUGUAUUGACACAAAAUUGUUUUUUAUAACAUGUUUUACAUUUUUUAGGGUCUUAUAUAGAAAUAUAUGAGUGUUGUUUUAACCUGGUUGACGUGCUCUAUUUGUUGUAAACUUAAUAACAUUCUAUUCAUACCAUGUUACAUUGUUAGUCAGCAAUCUGUUUGAUUAACUUUUUCCUUAAUUUUUAAGAUUUUACCGAAGGGUGAUGUACUUAGUAUUUAACUCUUUUUUGCUGUUUAACACUUUUUCUUAUACUCACCAGGUGAUGUGAAUAAAAGAAUGUUUUAAACUUUUACAAAAAUGUUUUUAUGCUGACUAUUAAUAUUUUAAAAUCGCUGAUAUUACUGCCUCGUUGCACCAGUGUUGUUGCGUUCGUAUAUAAUAAUAAAAACUUUGUUAUUAAAAUUAAGUCAAAAUG